AUGGGGACUUUUUUGGUUUUGUUUGGCAACGCCGCCCUGGCCUGUAUGGCCUCUUGGGAGUGCGACCCCAUGGUGGCCAAGGCGGUGGUUCAUCUGUGCGUCUGCGAGUCCUUCGACGUGUUCGGCAUGCCCACGGAGAUGACCAGGGAGUCGGUCGUAGAGCUGCACGCAUUCCACCGGGGGACGCACCCUGUCUGCACCAACCCGAGGUGCCGGAACCUGAGGGAGUGCACGGAUGAGUGUGGGAAGGUGAGGAUGGCUACCUGGCUCCCGAGGCACAGGGUCCCCGUUCUGAUCUACGUCGACGACAGCAAGAGGACCUAUGUUGGAAUCAACGGGCGCAUACUCUUUGCGUCCGAGUGCGUUAUGCUGGGGCAUCGGGUUCCCAAGUCAACGAUGAUCCUCUCCCACUUUGUCGAGGACAGGACGGAGAGGGGCAUGGAGCCCAGGGUCCUGAUCUAUGAUAUCGCGAUGUACAAGGGUGAGAGCGUCACAAACAGCGACCCGCUAGAGCGAUACAAGAUACUACUGGGCAUGUUCAAGGAUAUGAAGGGCCUCGUGUCCCUGCAAUGGAUAGGGCACGAGGCGAGCGCGACAAAGAACUUCGAGUGGUUCACGAAGAACGUCCCCCACGAGGUGGAGUGCAUCGUCAACCUGGGCCACGACCCCUGGACCCUGUGCCGGGUGCUGCACAUCGACACGCAGAGGAGGGAGCCCGUGAAAUUCGUCAAACCCGCCAAAACAGACAAUACCGGGGCUGUACAUUAG